GGCCGGAGCCGGCGACGGCAUCGGUCUCGGCGUCGGCUAGAGCAGCUUCCCGGAGCGCCGGCGGCGCGCCCUGCUCGGUGCUAGCCAUGGCAAAUGGCAGCGGCGGCGGCGGCGGAGGCGGCGGCGGCUCCAGCAGCUACUACUCGGGCGGUGGCGGCGGCGGCAGCGGCAACAUUAGGAUGAGCAGCCCCGUCGGCGGCCCCCUGAACACGGCCUCGUCGUCGGCGCCCGCCCGGGCGUCCAACGCUCUCAUCAUCCCCCUCACCAUGGAAGUCUCUUGCGACAGCGGGCAGCGCAUGUGGUGGGCCUUCCUUGCUUCCUCCAUGGUCACCUUCUUUGGGGGUCUCUUUAUCAUCCUGCUCUGGAGGACCCUCAAGUACCUGUGGACCGUCUGCUGCCACUGCAGGGGGAAAGAGAAGAUAAAGAUUUGAAUAAAACCUUCCUUCGGUUGAUUAGUCUUCAGAUUGAAGCAUUCAGGGAGAUCUCUCUUUCCUGCCUGUAAUCAGCUCUAGCUGAGACUGUAAUUGUGGAAAGUUUUCAGAAGUGCUGGAAAAGCAAGCAAAAUUUAGGUUGACAAAGGUGUUGUGUUGAUAACUCUUGUUCAGAUGCCUAUUGAAAAAUGACAGGGAAAG